AUGUUGUCACUGCCUACAAGUUUUAACGAAGGGGACGGGGUGCCACCUUUGCUGUCAAAUCCGUCAUUGUCACACCCGGCUGUUCCUUCUGAUUCUCCACACAUGCCACCGUUAUUGUCACACCCCCGAGGCGAGGGGGAGGGAGAGGAUAAGAGAGAGGACGUGGGAGAGGAGGAGAGGGAGGAGGGAGGAGGAACGGUGGGAGCGAAGGGGAUGGAGCGUAGCAGAGAGGAUGUGAGAGAGAAGGGAGAGGAGGGGAGAGAGUAUGGGAGAGAGGAGGGCAGAGAGGAGGGGAGAGAAGAGGGAAGAGAGGAGAGGAGAGACGAAAGGGGAGAGGAGGGGAGAGAGAAGAAUGAGGAGGAGAUAGGUCAGGAAGGUGCUGCAAUGUUAGAGGAGGGGGGUGAUAUGGGGGGACGAGAGGGAGCCGGAAGGCAUAUACAUGUGGAAGGUGGGAAAGAUGAGGAAGUUGGGAAAGAUGUGAAGAUGUGGGUGGACGGUGCAGCAAUCACAGAGGAAGGGUGUGAUAUGAGGGGGAGAGGGGUAGGAGGAAGGCGUAUGCAUAUGGAAGGUGGGAAUGGUGAGGAAGGUGGAAAAGAUGAAGAAAAUGGGAAAGAUAGGAUAGAUGUGUGUGUGAGAGGGGGCGGUGGUGUGUACAUAGAAGUGCAUCAUCCACUGCCAGUGCUGGCUGUGCACGUGUGGGCGGAUAACAACCCCUCUAACGGCCCUUCCUGGGGCAGCGGGCCCUCAUCAGAGGUGCAUGCAGAUGCGCAAUUGGGUGGUGCGCUGCAGUCGGAUUCAGCAUUUGGAAGCCCGCGUGUAGAUGGAGGAAGAGGAGGAGGAGGAGGAGGAGGAGGAGGAGGAGGAGGAGGAGGAGGAGGAGGAGGAGGAGGAGGAGGAGGAGGAGGAGGAGGAGGAGAAGGAGGAGGAACGCGCAUCGCAGUGUGUUUGGGGAAGGAGGAGGAGGAGGAGGAGCGGAUGGUAGUGGUGUAUGAAGUAACGAGCACUGGGAGGAGUGGUGUAGAAGGCUGUGAUGUGGGAAGGAGUGGUUUGGCAGGGAGCGGUGUGGCAGGGAAAAGGCCACACGAAGCAGCAGGAAAUGCGGCUGGAAAUGCGGGAGGAAAUGCGGGAGGAAAUGCGGGAGGAAAUGCGGGAGGAAAUGCGGGAGGAAAUGCGGGAGGAAAUGCGGCUGGAAAUGCGGGAGGAAAUGCAGGAGGAAAUGCGGCUGGAAAUGCGGGAGGAAAUGCAGGAGGAAAUGCGGCUGGAAAUGCGGCUGGAAAUGCGGGAGGAAAUGCGGGAGGAAAUGCAGGAAGACCAGGGCUAGGAACGCUUCAAGAAGCAACGAGACAUGGGGCUCCGUGGUUCAGGCUGGUGGGAAGCUUUGGUGUGAAAGUCGACUAUGCAGAAGCACGGACGGAGGUGCGUGCGUGGAAAGGGAUGGCUUUUGAUUCACUGUUCCCCGAGCGCCACACGAGCAAUGGCCUCUCCUGCGGUUCCUGCCUCUACUCUCGUUUCCUGCCUCUACUCUCGUUUCCUGCCUCUACUCUCUUUUCCUGCCACUCCUGCAGUUCCUGCCUCUACUCUCGUUUCCUGCCUCUACUCUCGUUUCCUGCCUCUACUCUCGUUUCCUGCCUCUACUCUCGUUUCCUGCCUCUACUCUCUUUUCCUGCCUCUACUCUCGUUUCCUGCCUCUACUCUCGUUUCCUGCCUCUACUCUCUUUUCCUGCCUCUACUCUCGUUUCCUGCCUCUACUCUCUUUUCCUGCCUCUACUCUCUUUUCCUGCCUCUACUCUCUUUUCCUGCCUCUACUCUCGUUUCCUGCCGCUACUCUCUUUUCCUGCCUCUACUCUCUUUUCCUGCCUCUACUCUCUUUUCCUGCCUCUACUCUCUUUUCCUGCCGCUACUCUCCUUUCCUGCCUCUACUCUCGUUUCCUGCCGCUACUCUCUUUUCCUGCCGCUACUCUCUUUUCCUGCCUCACUAACCCAUCGCUGGGCGUCGAGCCAUGGCCUUCUCUUCCUGCGGCACCUGCCUCUAUCUCGCUAACUGCUUCACUCUCUGCCCCCGUCCUUCUUCAUGUCACCCUUUCAGCCAUGGCCUUCUCGCCCUGCGGCACCUGCCUCUAUCUCGCUAACUGCUUCACUCUCUGCCCCCUUCCUUCUUCAUAUCACCCUUUCAGGUGUUCCCCGAGCGCCAAGCCAUGGCCUUCUCGCCCUGCGGCACCUGCCUCUGCUCUCCCUUCUCCUCCUCAGCUCAGUAACCCAGCCCUGCCCUACACCCCCCUCCUCCCGUCCCGUCACACCACCCUCUGGCAGGUGUUCCCUGAGCGCCAAGCCAUGGCCUUCUCUCCCUGCCGGUGCUGCACCCACCAGCAGCGCCUCGACCGCUGCUGCCCUCCGUUCGCCCCCUUCACUCUCUACCUGCCUUCCACCGUUCCCCUCCCUCUCAAGCCUCUCACCGGCGGUUCCCAAGUGCCCACAGAUGUGGGCUGUGGUGGUGGUGAGGAGGGGGAGGAACGACGGUCGCCCCUGGCCAGAUACCACCUCCCCCCGGCGUGCUACAGGAGCCAACCCUUCCUUUCACCGAGUCAUCUCCCUGGCUGCUGUCGCCCCUGGCCAGAUACCACCUCCCCCCGACCUGCUACAGGAGCCACCCCUUCCACCGAGUCAUCUCCCUGGCUUCUGUGCCGCACCGGCCUGGAUGGGUUCUGGGGUGCUCCUACGGCGGUUCUGUUGCUCUUUGGUGAGUCAACCUGA